CAGAAAGGCCAUCAUUGCUAUAUGUUUUGUUCCGACAGCUGUUUACCCGGGGAAUGCUAUUUACGCGCACAGGAAGAGAUGUCAGGCUUUGUCAGCUGAUCAGUCGAAAUAAAUGUUUGAUGCUAGCAGAAUGAUUGUUGUCAGUUAAAAAAAAAACGUGUAUCUGAUUUCAGGAUAUCGCUUCUCUAGUUUCUUAGUAGCUUGUACUCUGGGACUUCAACAUAUAAAUAUGAUGUCGAGCGUUGCCUUCAAGCUGCUCCCUCUUCUUGUUGGUUUGCUAUUGAUGUCAACACAGACGACGGAUGCUAAAAAUUCAGAGGAUAUCCGGUGUAAAUGUACCUGCCCACCGUACAGAGACAUCGAUGGACAGAUCUACAAACAAAAUGUAUCUCUAAAGGAUUGUAACUGCCUUCAUGUUGUGGAGCCAAUGCCAGUUGAUGGGAAGGAUGUGGAGGCGUACUGUCUGCGUUGUGAAUGCAAAUAUGAGGAGAGGAGUUCUGGAACUAUCAAGGUGACUAUCAUAAUCUACCUUUCCAUCCUGGGCCUGCUUUUCCUCUACAUGGUGUACCUGACCCUGCUGGAGCCCAUGCUGAAGAGGAGGCUCUUUGGACACUCACAGCUCCAGAAUGAUGAUGAUGUCGGGGACCAGCAGCCUUUCGCCAACGCCCACAACGUAUUGUCUCGUUCGACCUCUCGUCCCAACAUGUUGAACAAAGUGGAGCACGCUCAGCAGCGCUGGCGGAGGCAGGUCCAGGAACAGAGGAAGUCUGUGUUUGACCGCCAUGUGGUGCUCAGCUAAACCCAUCCCCAGGAAACAAAAACCCUGGGUGAAGCAAAAAAUAUUACUGUGACUGUGUGGCCAUUUUUAUUUAUUUUUUUGUCUGAUUCUUUCCCGGACUUCUGAGCUUCAUCCUUAUUGGUGUUUUGUUCCUCAACUGGACCUGUAUUUCAGGAAAUGUGAUCAUAUAGCUCUAUGUAUUCAGGAGGUGAUCAUAAAGGGUCUCUACAUCAGUAGGUUGAAGUGAGGUGUUGCAUUUGAGACCUUUGACUUAAGAUAAUGCCAGUGUCUGUAUAACUUUGUAUACUUUCUGAUUUAAUAAUACUAAUAGAAAGUUAGAUGUUACAGUUUGUAGCCCCCCGAAAAAUGGAUAAUGCGUGCCAUUUUGCACAAACUGAUGAUAAUCUUUGGCUUCUGAUAAAGUAUAAACGAUGUGUGACCGUAUGCACUCUUUUACAGUAAUGUUGGCAGCUUCUGAUAACAGUAAAUGCUUGCCAUGUCACCAAUGAAAUUAGGUGAGACAUUUGAGGGUAGAGUAAAUAAAACAAAAAAAUAUCAUGCCAAAAUUAAUCACUCAAACUAAUGAAAACGUUUACAAUAAAUGUAACAUCUGCUACCUAAACUACAGAAGAUGGGAAUGAGUUGGAAACAGUAAAAAUGUGUAACAUCA